GUAGCGGCAUAGCUCGAAUGGGAAUUGGACGGGAGAGGCCGUCAUUCAUAAAAUUCUGCCUUGUAGAAUUUAACAAACAAAGAAUUGCAUGACGGCAUAUGUAGUUCUGAUGUUUAAAGAGCCCCUUCAUCCCGUACUUACAUUAACGUCAUGCAGUUAAUAUAUGCGCUUUUCUGCUUUAAAAUAAGAAAUUCCACAAUGUACAAACAAAAUCGUAAAAGUUUACAUCGAGCGCGUUGAUUUGUGUAUUAAAAGUAAAGCGCUGUCAUCAGAAACACAACAAACGUGGAUUCCCGUUGCAUACAAUUCCCAUCACCCAUGCGCCGCUCUGAUUGGCUGCGGCGCGCUGUCAAUCAUCUGGCGCUCCUUACGCCAGCGCUCAUACAGUAAAUAUUUGUGUUUGCUCAACCGGCUGUAAUGGUGGACGACUGAAAGAGAAAAGCCGAGAGACUACAUCUCAAAAAGACCAUCCCGGGUGAAACGCUAUUGCUCGUGGCUCGGAAACAAACAACGGCGAAAAUGGAUGAACUUAAGCACCAAGUUAUGAUAAACCAGUUCGUCUUGACAGCUGGAUGUGCCGCAGACCAGGCGAAACAGCUUUUGCAAGCGGCACAUUGGCAGUUUGAGACAGCCCUUAGUGCCUUUUUUCAAGAGACAAAUAUUCCUUACGGUCACCAUCAUCAAAUGGGGAGCAGUACAAUGAGCCCUGUACUGCCACAGUCCUCUCAACAGGACGAGCUUUACAACAUCCUAUUCAGAAGACAACAGCUCCAAAACCGACUCCAGUUUCUAAAGGAGAUCCAGAAGAAGAACAACAGAAUAGAUGGUUCCCUUGCAAGUGAAGAGGGCCCGUCAGAGGUGGAAAGAAUAGAGGAGGAGUUGAAGAACCUCCAGGAGAAAGAAAAGGACCUUCUUAAAAAUAAAAAGACACAGGCAGUGCCUUCCAAUUUGCCCAACAAAACAGCACAACCCACAGACCAAGGCAAUGAUGGGCAAACAGAUGAAAAAGCUUCAAUGCAAGCAUUCUACGUUCUUCCCUUUUCUCCUUCGGAAGCAAUUUCUACCUAUAUUCUUGUGGAAGAGGAAGAACCAGUGCCCGUAAAAGAGCAAGCUAAACCUCCAGAACCUGUCAAAGAACAGCCAAAAAGUUCAACAUCAGAGACCCCAGAGAAGACCAUAGACGUGGAAAAUCUGGGCACGGGUCCCGCGACAGUGAAAUGCCCCUCCUGCCAAAAAAUUGGCAUCACUGAGAUUCACUACAAAUUGGGCAGCAGUGCUUUCAUGUUUUGCUGCCUUAUAUCUGUGAUUGGGUGUGUAGCUGGGUGCUGCCUGGUCCCAUUUUGCAUGAAACGCUUUAAAGAUGUUUCUCACAGGUGCUCAUCCUGCCACAAAAAAAUCUGUAAUGUAGAUAGGUUUUGAGGCAAAGACGGUGUCAUAUGGUUUCCUGGUCUGUGACAAUAUGACUGAAGGUCCCCCAGAAAAGACUGGAAUUGGAUUUGUAUCCAAAAUCUUUGGAUGGGACCGUCCGGGAAAAACAAAAGACUAUUUAACCAUAUUUCUAUGGUACAGAUCCUUACAUGCAGGGCCCAACGCUCGCCAAGCAAAAUUUUAUUUCAAAGUUAAAAGUGGUGAGUAAAACGAUGUAUAAAGUAACUUUAAAAAGAACUACAAUAGUUUAAAUUGAGGUUUAAAGCUUGUUCUAUUGAAUCGGUGAAGUGGCCUUCCAAAAAUGCUGAUAUUCAGUAUGUCAGCACUAGGAUCUUUCACUGUUUGCAUCUCUCUGAGUGAAUAAUGACUGAUGGCGCACUUUAAAGCUCACAUUCGAAGCAUUACUUUAUUUUAUUAAUAUGAUUUGAUGUAUUGUUGUGAUAUGAAAGAAAUAUAUGUAUGCGUAUAUAGGGAAGUUAUAUGUACACUGUAAAACUUUAAUGUAGUUUUGCAGCAGGUUUGCCAGUAACGUAAUGUAGAUAUCAUUUACAAUUUUGUUUUAUACACAAACUUACCUAGAUCUUAUAUUUUCAUUCAUAAAGCAAGACUACACAUUUCGGGUCCCUUUUCUUGUUAUGAAAUGAAUCAUAAUUUAAUGCGUUUUAACAAUUUUUAAUAUAACAAAACUGUUUAGGAAGAAUGUCGUUUUUUUGCAGUGUUGCUGUUCUAAUGCCAGCGAUGAUGAGACCAGUCCCUUCCAGCUCAUUUUGAAUCUCAAAAGUCAAAAUGUUUAAUUUUGAUUAAAGUAAUGUUGAACUCAAAUUGAAAACAGUAAUAGCAAAGUAUUAAGUAGUAAUUCAAUCUACAGUAAGUUGCUGGCAAACCUGCUGCAAAACUACAGCAAAGAUUUACAGUUUAUAAUGUUAACCAGAGAUAUUUUACCUGAAAAAAAAUCUUUCUAGAAUCCAUAGAAAAUUUCCAAGGCAAUUCAUGAUAAAUACAAAGUCGUCUACACACCCUAUAGGACAUUUAAUCAUGAUUUUAUAUACUCUACCAUAAAUCUUGAAAGUCAUCAAGAGCCCAGGUUCCAUUUGCACAGAUACAUCAUUUUUGUUUAAAGUGUAAAGAUCCAUUCUUACUGUUUGUUCAAAGGUCUCUUAAGACACAAAUAAAGUAAUAACACGGACACGAUUUGCAUGUC